AUGUCACCAAAAAAAUCCAAUAAAAGAUCUACCGACUACAGUCUUGGGCUCUUGAAUAAUAUCAAUGCGUCCGGGCGCGAUACUGCGAACAUACAAGACCCCAAAAGGCGCCGCACCACCCAUGGCCAUGUCUUUGAUAUUCCUAUCUCCCCUUCCCCGACCAAGUCUCGAAAGACCCCUCAAACCGAGCCAAAAAUUACGAGCGGGUUGAGGAUGAGAAACCGUACAGUGCCUAGAUUCGUACGAUUGGAGUCACCUCCCAUCAUUUCCGACAACGAAGAAGACAACGAGCCCAACAAUGACGAAUCUGGAUCAGGCGAUAGCGAGUCUGAAACAAUCCAAGAUGCGACCGGUGGCAAUGAAGAAGAAGAAUUAAUUAAUAGCCAGGACGAGCUUCAGCGUCAGGCCGAAUAUGAUCCAUUUCCCGAACCAGUCGAUCUGUUCCCGGCCGAAGACGAGGAUCAAGCUGAUGAUCAGGUUGGAUACAAAGCUACAAAUACACAAGAUGAUGGACCUGGAGACGGAUCCGAAUAUGAAGGCGAGACGGGGACAGAUAAUCAAGCUGGAGAGGAAGCUAGAGACACACAAGACGAUGCAUCUGAAGACGAAUCAGAAUAUGAAGACGAAGAAGAGAUAUAUCAAGCUGGAGGGAAAACUAAAGACACACAAGACGAUGCAUCUGCAGACGAAUCCGAGGAUGCAGAUGAAGCAGAGGUAGAUCAAGCUGGCGAGAAAGCUAGAAACCCACAAGACGAUGCCUCUGCAGUCGAAUCCGAAUAUGAAGAUGAAGAAGAGGCGGAUGAUCAAGCUAAAGACGCACAAGACGAUACAUCUGAAGACGAAUCUGAAUACGAAGACGAAAAAGAGGCAUAUGAUCAUUCUUCGGCUGAAGGCCGGAAUCAAUCAACACCCACCCAGCAGAUCGCAAAUGCAGACACUCUCGAGGUGCAAAUCCCCAAGAGCGUACCAAGAAACCAAAGGGAUGACACACAUGUAAGUCGCGUGUCAGCAAAUGCUCGAGGAUCUCAAAAUGCCUCGUCGCAGCCCCAGGAAGUACCAGAGACACCAAAUAUGGAGCCACUCCGCCCGAAUCAGGACCAUCGAAACACUCGCUCCGAUAUCUUCACGUGGCUGACGGAGGCCACCAAAGAAUCUGGCUUCAAGGACACCUGGGAAGCAAUGCGCAAAACAAGGAGAACUCUCAAGACCCACGCUGAUCCCUCUGCAAAAGACCAUUUCAGGGGUAUCAUGAAGCUCAUUGAGCGGCUACGAGGUCUCUUUGAAACAAUGACCAAGGAUCCUGCCUCAGCUUCCUCCUUGAGAAACCAGUGCAGCCUCAUCGCCAACAGUGUGUUUAAAGAGAACCAGUGGAUCAUUUACACAGAAGCCCCAGAGGAUGAAGAGGAUGGUGCACACCUAGUCAAUCAGCUCGAAGCCCAUAUUGUUCCCCGACUGAUUGACCUGAUCAUACACGGAUUCAAGAUGUACAAGACUAUGAAUGAUCGGGGAGCGCGACAAUUUCGCAUUAUCCUGGAUUUGCUGUGGGGGUCCUGUGAUAGGAUAUGUUCUCUCGCCCAGAUGCAUUAUGAUGUUAGUGGGGGCGUGAUGGCUCGUUCUAAAAUAGUGAUGCGACACGUGAAGACUCUGAAGGAUGCAUUAAAUGACGGCCGGCUACGUGAGACAAACCAUCGCAUCCCCCAACGUCCUUUAGCAUACAGGCAAUUUGAGUUGGAAGAGGUCGACAGCCAUAUCUCUUGUGGUCGGUGGACCCAUGCAGAGAAGAUUGCACUCCGUGAUGGGUUGCAAUCAUAUGGGGUAUCAACAGGGGACGAUCGAUAUAUCGAUAUCAAAUGUGACGAUACAAUCGGCGGUCAACUCUCCGAGCGCAUCCUACAACAUAUCCAGGGCCAAGCCGUCAAACUGGGAUUGGAUGUUUUAUGA